AUGGAUAAAAAUUUCUGGGGACCAGUGCUUCUCCUGGUAUUCCAUUUGUUCACCGCUUCUUCUCAAAUCACAACAGAAUGGUUGAACAUUGACUGCGGUAACAAUGCUCCGCGUUGGGAUAAAAACUUGCUCAAAUGGGUCACCGACAGUGGCUACACCCAAGCAGGCAUCAACAAGCAAGUUCCACAAAAGCAAAAACUUGAAGAGAUGAACACCCUCCGAUCCUUCCCUAACAAGGCACCACAAAACUGCUAUGCUUUACCUUUCCAUGAGCAAACCCAACGGGUCUUGGUCAGGGCAGGCUUCUACUACGGCAACUACGAUGGUCUUUCGAAGCCUCCUUCGUUUGAUAUUCAUAUCAACGGUAGAAAUUGGUCAACGGUCAACACAUCAACGGUGGUGGAUGGGCCAAUAUACCAUGAAGCCAUGUAUGUGAAUCAAGGGGCAGGAUCUCUUAAUGUGUGUAUUGUGCAGGAUGAGAGUGGAGUGGUUCCCUUUAUAUCUUCAAUAGAAGCUGUUCCAAUUUCGGUUACAUUGUACCCUGAGAUGGAGGCCAACUAUGCUUAUAAUCUAGUAUCUAGGAUUAACUAUGGUGGUGGAGAAGUGAGGUUCCCAGGGAUAUUGGGUGAGGAAUACAACCGAGUAUGGACUCGUGGAACAACCCCACCAAACUGCACCGAAGUCGCUACCUUACCAGGUCCCUUAUCUUUUCCAGAAAACAACCCUCCCAUUUCUGUGUUGAGCGACUCCAUUGAAUCAAUGAACCCUGCGGAUCCAAUCACCUUGUCCAUUGACCUCCCACAGACGACCCCACAAUCAGCCUACCUUGUGCUCUACUUCACCGAAACGGUAACCCUCCCCAAACCAAACGACAGCAGGAUAAUUCAGAUCUACAUCAACGGCCAGAUGAAGUCCACGGUGACAUCUGAGUACAACAAAUGUAAGGUGAUCACCAUAUACCCUGUGACUGUUGUGGGACCUACGAUCAAUGUGACAUUGGCCUCAGCUAAUGGGUCAACCCUACCUCCCAUAAUCAGUGCCAUGGAAGUGUUCACAAGAAUAGAGGCCAACAAGGGUGAUAAGAGUUCUUCUCCUCCCUCUUCGACUCCCUCUCAUGGCACACAAGGACACUUCUUUUAUGCAUACAUUAAUUCCAUUUCUUGUAUUUGCUUGCUUCUUCUAUUCAUAGCCUGA